UUUUCCAACAUCAAUCCCUCCUGUCUUUUGGCUCUUUCUGUUUCCAAUCAAAGGGACGAUGGGGAGAUCACCUUGCUGCGACGAGAAUGGCCUCAAAAAGGGACCUUGGACACCAGAGGAGGAUCGGAAGCUUGUGGAUUAUAUACAGAAGCAUGGACAUGGAAGCUGGAGAGCUCUUCCCAAGCUCGCCGGGUUGAAUAGGUGUGGGAAGAGUUGCAGGCUCAGGUGGACUAAUUAUCUCCGGCCCGAUAUCAAGAGAGGAAAGUUUUCCGAGGAGGAAGAGCAAACCAUCAUCAACCUCCACGCCGUUCUCGGAAAUAAGUGGUCGGCGAUAGCAACUCAUCUUCCGGGGAGGACAGAUAAUGAAAUCAAGAAUUUCUGGAAUACCCAUCUGAAGAAAAAGCUUCUGCAAAUGGGAAUUGAUCCGGUGACUCACCGGCCGAGAACCGACCUGAAUAUUUUGGCCAACCUUCCACAGUUGCUCGCUGCUGCCAACUUCAGCAACCUGAUGAGCAUGCCUUUGGAUAAUGCUCUUAGACUACAAUCUGACGCCACCCAACUGGGACUGGCCAAAAUUCAGAUGCUGCACAAUCUCCUGGAGGUACUAAGCACUAAUCCUUCAUCUAUGGAAGCCAUGAACUUUCUAGGAUCAUCGACUCUGAGGGAUCAUCAGCAGCAGUUUGAGUUCCUCCGUAUGAACACUCAGUUUGAAGGAAAUGGGAAUUUCCCAUUUGGAUUCAAUCCACAGGACCUGACUCAAAUACACUCAAGUUUUCCAAACAUAGAGGCUGUUGGCCCUGAAUACGAUCCACAAAUGAAGGACUCAAAGCUUUAUUCCAGCAAUAAUGACAACAAUGAUUAUCAGUUUGCUUCUUCUUCUUCAUGUGCUAUGCCGGUUUCAAAUCCACCACUGCCGGCACUAGUUCCGGCCUCGCCGGGGCAACAUAGCACCUUAAAUCAGAUUGAAAAAAAUAAGAAUAUCAAGACAAAUGAUAUCUCCAACCCUUCAUCAACUUCAACCACCUUUGAAGCUUGGGGGGACCUAAUGGAGGAUGAAGCAACUGACUCUUACUGGAGAGAUAUUAUAGACCAAGCAUCAUCACAGCCAUGGCCAAUUUCAUAGUUAGUAUCACAAGAGUGCAGAUUUGAACAUAUAAUCAAAGAGCUGAAAUUAAUAAUUACUAUUUGCGUAGACAAAAGACCCAGAUGUCCAGUUAAAUUUGUUUCUUUACAUAUAUUUACGAUUUGAAUAGAUAGAGAGAGGAAGUGUGCUAUUCUGUAAAGUACAGAGAUUAAUCAUGUAUGUUUCUCCUAAACAGUAUUUAACUGUCAUAUUAUUUUGGAUUUAUAUAAAUAUAUAUCAACAUUUUCA